AUGUCAAAAAAACAGAUUUACUAUUCUGACAAGUACAACGAUGAGGAGUUCGAGUAUAGGCAUGUCGUGCUUCCAAAGCAGCUGUCUAAACUGGUGCCCUCCUCCCACCUGAUGACAGAAGAGGAGUGGAGGGGACUGGGGGUGCAACAGAGCCAGGGCUGGAUUCACUACAUGAUCCACAAACCAGAGCCACACAUAUUGCUUUUCAGAAGACCUCUGCCAAAGGAUUAAAGGGGAACCAUCUGUAAAAUACCUGCUAUCAUCUUUGCUGAUUUGUAUUGUCUUUGGACCAUACAUCUCUCCUACAUGCAUCUCUACAUUUGUUCUAAUGUAUAGUGUAGAAAUCCCUUAGUUGUAUUGUGUUUUUUGUUCUUUCAAACUCCCUCAAUUUUUAGAGGUAAUGAGAGGCAAACAUCUUGAUUCCACUGUGAAUGAUAAUCUUAUAAAUGAUAUAAAGGUGAACGUUUGCCUGUCAAUUGUACAUUUUUAAUGCAUUUUUUUAAAUGUCUUUUGAUGUCAUUUUGUUAUGAUUGAUUUAUUUACCGAGUGGUCAUACAGGCAUAGGAUUUAAUUUUUCUUAAGCCCAUGAUUUUCCCAAAAUAUGUGUUUGAACAUUUUCUGAUCUUUAUACUUAUGUUUUUGUUAUGUAAAUAUAUUAUUUCUAGAUAUUAUAAAUUUUGACACUGAGUCAUGGUUGGUUCAACAAGUUCUUUGUUGCUGGAAGAACAAAAUAAAAUGUACUUUCUUCACAUGUUUACUCAUGCAUAUUUUGCGACAAUUAGAUAAUUAUGUUUUUUGGUGUUCAGUCAGAAACACUGACAACUAGUGGGGUGACAAAUUCUGAGUGUCUGAUGCCCAGAGAGAAGGCGGGGGCCCGGGCCUUGUGAGCUGUCACUCUCUCUGGAUUGUAAGUUCCAGGACCAGGUUUGUUGGUGGCAUCUCUGGGUAAGCUGUGUCGUCCCAGCAUGGAAAAUGCUGGCUGUCGGGAUAAAUAUACACCUGGGUCCGUACUGUUGUAUCUGCAAGGUCCAGGUGUCUUGGCUAAAUCCACAGAUGGUCCACCUGUGCUGUAACUACCUGAUAUUGUGUAGCUUGCACUGGCUGGUUUGUUUGGGACUUGAGGGCCCAUGAGGGGAGGGAGACAGUACUUAUUAGGAGCAGGCACUGAGUCGAUGCUGCGGUAGUGUGUGCGAGAGCCCAUUGUGUAGCAUGGGGGUCUGCGCUGAAGGUUGCAUGGUGGGGCUUUUUCAGGGCUGUAUGCACCUGGUCCAGGUGUUUGGAAUAGCUCCUCUAGUGAAGAGAACACAGUUUAAUAAUUAUAAACCAUCAACUCAACACCAUAUGGUAGAGUGCACUUAGUGGGGUUCAGAUUUUCAGUUACAGCAGCUGACGCUGGGUCUCAAGAAGUAUCAAAAACAAGUGGUUUUUGUAAAAGAGUUCAUUAUUUAACUGCAACAGAGAUAUGAAUUAGGCUGUAAUUUAAAAUUCAUUAGAACAUAUAUUACUCUGUAAAGGAUUAUAUGGACUAAAAUGAAAUAUUUGCUUACAGUGGAAGAGCAGGAACUUACUCUGUGCUUUCUUUCUGCCCAACAUGGAGUAUGCGGGUGUGCCAUCCUUUCCAAAGCGAGUGAUUUUUGCAUCAACGUGGUACUGAGGCCCUGGACUGGAGUCAACACAAUAUACUGCGGGGAAUGUAAACAUUUAUUAAAAAUUCAAUAUAAUGUGUCCUUUGUUUUGUUUGAUCAGGCAAUGGCCCCAAAUAAGACUAGCUAAAUGAACACAGGGUGAGAAAUAACUACAGAAUAAUUAGGUGUUGUGUCCCCCUAUUGGUCCUAAUUUGACAUUACACAGCUUUGGACAUGCCAUUCUGAUGUAUUUUAUGUGACGUGUUUAUGAGAUGAAAUUAUUCUGGAAAUAGAUUAAAUAAUUCUGUUGGUUUAUUC